AUGACCGCCUACAAUGCCUUUUGUGUGGGAAUCAGUAUACUGGAGGGGUUAGCUCAAAUUAGGGGAGAUGUUGCCUCAUGCACUAAGGCAAGCAAGGAAGACAUAUUAAAGUGUAAGAAGGCAAUUGAUGAUAAUGCAGCUAAGAAGAAAGUAGCCAUGGAAAUUAGGGAGGAAGUGAAUAUAGUAGGUGAUGAAUCCGAAGGUGAUGAGAUUGAAAAUGUGGCAGUGGGAUCAAAGAAGAGGCCCUAUGUUCUUGGUCCCAUAGAUAGAUAUACAGAUAUCAAUCCCGAUUCUUCUGACACGAGUGGAUUUAAGAAGAUGAGACAACCAAACAUAAAUGAUAGCUUUUGGAAGGAGAAGAGUCAUAAAGUGAGUCAAUACUUGGCUCGAUGGGUGUACGAAGCCGGCAUUCCAUUUCAUGCCAUAGACAAUGAUAGCUUCAAACGUUUUGUUGAAGCUGUUGGUCUAUUUGGCCCGGGAUACCAACCUCCAAGCCAAUACCAACUAAGGGAACCAUUGUUGAAGGAGGAGGUGGAGAGAACCAAAACAUUACUCAAAAAGCAAGAAGAAGAGUGGGCUUUGACAGGUUGCUCUAUCAUGACCGAUGCUUGGACCGACCGAAAAAGGAGAAGCAUUAUGAACUUGUGCGUUAAUUAUAAGCAAGGGACUUGUUUUCUUUCUUCAAAGGAAGAUUCGGAGGUGUCACACACGGGGGUGUAUAUCUUUGACUAUGUUGACAAGUUCAUUGAAGAUAUAGGAGCACAAAAUGUAGUUCAAGUAGUGACGGACAAUGCAUCCAACAAUAUGGCCGCGGCGGAUUUGCUAAAGAUCAAGAGGCCUAACAUAUUUUGGACCUCAUGUGACACCCACACAAUUAACCUCAUGCUUGAAGGAAUUGGUAAGCAAUCCAAGUUUAAAGCAACUAUUGAUAAGGCCAAAGCGUUCACUAUAUUUGUUUAUGCUCAUCAUAAUACAUUGGCGAUGAUGAGAAAAUAUACGAAGAAGAGAGACAUAGUGAGGCCGGGUGUUACUCGAUUUGCUACAUCAUUCUUGACUUUACAAAGUUUGAUGAAAAAGAAACAAGAAUUGCGAGCGAUGUUUAGUAGCAAUGCAUGGGGUGAGAGUAAAUGGGCCAAGAGCCCAAAGGGAAAAACAGCAUAUGCUACUGUGAUGAGUCAGGCAUUUUGGAAUGGCGUAACCUUAUGCUUGAAAGUGUUUGGUCCGUUGGUGAUAGUUCUUCGACUUGUUGAUGGGGAUCGUAAGCCCUCAAUGGGCUUUGUGUAUGGAGAGCUCACAAAAGCAAAAGAAGAGAUCAAAGCGGCAUACAAGCAAGUUGAGACUAACUACCGGCCAAUACUAGAUGUCAUUGAUGGGAAAGCUAAGGGUCGGCUAGAUAGUGCAUUGCAUUUGACAGCUUACUUUUUGAAUCCUUUUUACUUCUUCAACAAUUCUACCAUUCAAGAUGAUCCUAUCAUUAUGGAUGGGGUUCUUACUUGUGUUGAAGCUUUCUUUCCCGAUGAUGUCAAUGUUCAAGAUGAAGUCAUCAAUCGAGAGUUGUUGAAGUACAAGAACAAAGAAGGUGGAUUUGGAAGACCAUUAGCCGCAAUGGGAUGUGCGACGAACAAUGACUCUUAUGAUCCGGGUAAAUAAGUAGUUACUAGUUACUUUCCUUCUUAGUAUUAUUCUUUUUGCUAAGUUACUUAGUACUAUUUUUUUGUGUGCUUUCUCUCAUGACUAGUUGGAUGGUGGUCUAACUAUAUCAUACACCCAAUUUGAAAAGAAUGGCCACUCGAAUUCUCUCUUUGACUUCAAGUUCAUCGGGGUGUGAGAGAAAUUGGAGCACUUUUGAGGGGGUAAGUACAUACACGCACUCUCUCUCUCUCUUUCUUUGUAUAUAUAUGCAUAAGAAAUUAUAUUAACUUAAGAUUUUUUUUUGUAUAGAUACAUACAAAGAAAAGGAAUAGACUAGAUGCGACAAGGUUGAACAAUUUAGUCUAUGUCCAAUUCAAUGCCAAACUUCUCAACAAUAAAAGAAAUGGGAAGGAUGUAUUACGUACUAAAGAAUCAACAAAUGCACAAGGAUGGCUAGUUGAAGGUGGUGACGAGGAAGUUGACCCGGUUUCGGGACUUACAUGGGAGGUAAUUGGGGAAGCUACGGGAGCGGAUGAAGUCCUUCAACCUAGAAGGACUACUAGAAAUAUUGAAGUAUGAGAACUAUAUGAGGAAGAUUUUGUGUCGGAGGAUGAUACCAAAGAGGAGGUAGAUGAGGAUUUUGAGUGUGAGUUCGAUGGAGAAGAAGUUAUGCAUGGAUAUGGAGAAGAAGAGGAUGAGUAAUUGACUAAUAAUUUCGUACUUGAUUUCAUUUGGUUUGAACGUUGAAGUUUGUAAUUGACUAGUAAUUUUCCGUACUUGUUUUCAUUUGGUUUGAACGUUGAAGUUUGUAAUUGACUAGUAAUUUUCCGUACUUGAUUUUAUUUGGUUUGAACUAUGAAUAUUGAACUUCUAUGUCUCUAUAUUUGAAAUGUAGAGAAGUGUUAACAUUGAGUAUCCGAUAGCCAAAGAGAACUAAGAAAUUUUUUGGGAGAGAAGAUAUAUCACAUCAACUAGAAAAACUGUGAUUAUUAAUGUCAGGGACUCUAGGGAGGUUGUAGAAUAUUUAUAAAUAAAUAAAAAAAAAAACCCCGACUAAUUGCUAAAAGGCGAUUAAUGGCCAAUUAAUUGGUCUCGAAGCUUGAAGGUGGUCGG